CUGGGUCCGAAUCAGAUCAAAGCUUCGAUCCAUGUGCUAGAACUAUAGACGACUGAGCCUUCUUUUGCCCGCUUCUUAGUGGAAAAUCAGUGGAGUUUUUGAUCACGACUUUGCACAGUCAAUUCUCUGAACCUUGAACGGGAAAUGUUUGGCAAUCUCGUGAAUAAAAACGCGAGAGCGGCGAUAAAAGAGUACGGUGAUGUGAAUGGUCUUGGGGUGGAAUACCAAAUCAUGGACCCCACCGGACCACCACAUAAUCCACAGUACUCUGCUCGCGUAUUGAUAGGAGAAAGCCGCUUUGAUACUGCUACAGCAUCGACCAAGAAAGACGCCAAGGAAUUCGCUGCUGAUCUUGCACUGAGAGCGUUGACUCAAGAACCUGGUUCAUAUGGUACUUACCCAAGCUUAAGCCCAACUGGGCAACCCUCGGGAUCUUUGCUAGGACACCUUCCCUACAAAYAUCAUUCAGGAAUCAAACGACAUUUCAAUCGUCCAAAACGACCAAAGAACAAUCAGCUUUCAGCCCCUCCUGACAAGGACCCUGUCAUGCUUAUAAAUGAAUAUGGACAAAAGAUGAGCUUACAGGUGAAGUUUGAAGAUACUCCAUGUUCAUAUCCUGGAUUGUUUGAGUCGUAUGUYAUUGUUGGUUCACAAAAGUUUGGACCAUGCAGAAGCAGUGCCAAAAAGAUGGCCAGAAAASUUGCAGCAAUUGUUGGUUUAAAAGAGCUGAUUAAUUGGGAACCAAAAGAAGGUUUAUAUGAUACUGGUAAAGGGUCCACUGUAGAACCUUCUCCUGAGUUGGAUUCCUCAUUAUCUGAUAACACUGAUGGAGUUGUUCUUAACAAAGACCCAGUUAUGCUGCUUAAUGAGUUUUGUCAACGCAGCCAACAGAAGGUUGUUUUUGAGGAACUUAAGCAAGAUGGUCCAGAUCAUGGCAGACAGUUUGCCUAUCAGGUCAUUGUAGAGGAUCGCACUUUUGACAAAGGCACUGGUGCUUCAAAAUCGAAAGCAAAGAAAGCUGCUGCUUUAAAUGCUCUGAAUACUCUCUAUGGAAUGUCAAUUCAGAUGCCAGAGAAAUCAUCCAAUGAAGGCAAAAGUACMUCCGUCGAAUCGCAUCCUGUCAGUCAACUCAAUGAAUAUGGACAAAGAAAGAAACUAAAGAUUGACUUUGAAGACCUUGGAUAUACUGGUCCAGAUCAUGGUCGUGUCUAUUCAUUCAGAGUGAUAGCCAGUGAGCAUAUAUUUGACUGUGGAUAUGGACGUAGCAAGAAGUUUGCCAAACAAGAAGCAGCCAAGAUUGCGUUGAAAGAACUUCUUGGUAUUGAGUUUGAAGCAGGAACAAUAGUAAGCAACGUKGAAGACACUGAAACAGAUGGUGUAAUGCCAAAUCCAGUGAAAAACCCUGGAACUAAGAGUAAAGUUAGUGAACUCUAUGAAUUCUGUCAAGCCUACCACAUUGGACCACCAGAGUGUGUUGAUGUCUUUCCUACUGACCGUUCUUCAUCAUCAACGCACUGUGCAGCCUAUGAAGUGAAUGGUGACCAGUUUGGUGUUGGUAGUGGAAAAACUAAGAAAGCUGCCCGUGAAGAAGCAGCAAAACUUGCUUUAGAAGAAUUGAUGAAAAAAAAUGAAGGCUCCAAGUACACUCCAGUGGGGACCACUGAGGGGGAUGAAAUUGCUGCUUUAAGUUGGAACUGUCUUUCAAAGAUCAGUAAAAGUGCACCAGACUCAUGGAGGUUUGCUGGGUACAAAGUUUUAGCUACUUUUAUCAUGAAACAGACUGGAACUGAUGUUUGUGAAGUUGUUAGCCUGGGGACUGGAAACAAGUGUAUUAGUGGUGAUCAGCUGCGUCUAGAUGGAACUAUUGUCUUGGAUUCCCAUGCUGAAGUUAUCGCACGUAGAGGAUUGCUGCGGUUUUUCCAGAGUCAGUUGGACGAUUUUGUCAACAAGACAGGCAAGGAUAGUAUCUUUGAGAAGGGUAAAGGAGCYAAGGUCAAACUACGAGAUGGCGUUACAUUCCACCUUUAYGUCAGUACAGCACCAUGUGGUGAUGCUGCAAUCUUUGUGAAUGGAAAUACAAGUGGUAAGAUCAGUGGAGUUGCUGAGCCAACAUUUGAYAACAAACUGCAAGGAUUGUUGAGGACCAAAGUUGAGAAAGGUGAAGGCACAAUUCCGUUGGACAACAAUGAUGGCAUACAAACCAUUGAUGGUAUCAGGCGCGGACAGAGACUGAGAACUGCAUCUUGCAGCGAUAAGAUUGCAAAAUGGAAUGUCGUGGGUCUCCAAGGUGCUUUGCUAAGCAACUUCAUAGAACCAGUGUAUUUGAGCUCAUUGGUUGUUGGUGAUUUGUUCGAUGCUGGUCACCUGACUCGUGCCGUCUGCGCACGGGUAGAACGCGCGGAAGACAAUAAAUUCGGCAAUCUUCUCCCACCGUUGUAUCACGUGAACCAUCCCAAAAUCCACUGUGGUCGCAUUUCGUCACAUGACUCGGCUCGUAAAGUGGAAACAAAGCACAAGUCAAAGACCGUUUGUCUAAACUGGGGAGCUGGUGACGAGGAACAAGCCGAGGUGUUUGAUGCUUGUCUGGGAAGGAAUCCAUCUGCUUCGAAACCACCUUCAAGACUAUCAAAGUCAAACCUGUUUUUAUCUCUGAAACAGGUUCUGUCCAAAAGCACUGACUCUAGUCACCAGGCAUUUGUAAACGCCUCCAACUAUCGGAAAGCGAAGGACUUGGCACAAGACUACAAUAAAGCCAAGAAACUGCUCUACACACACAUGAAGGAUAGUGGAUAUGGAGCCUGGGACCUAAUGAAAAAACCUAUGGAGCUCGACCAGUUCGAAAUGAGAUUAGGGUCGAGUUAAUUUWACCACAGAAAAACCAACUCAUUGUUAAUUUAGUUAUAAAUGAAUAGGUACUCUCAUAAUUAGAGGCUGCAGAAAUAGUGAACAGCUUUGUCUUAUAGAAAAGGAUCCUAGAAAAAUAGCUCAUGCGCUAUAACAAUCAUGCGUGAUCAGUGUUUUCCUCAUAACAAUAAUCAUCACAGAUAUUAUCGUGUUUUUAAAACUACAGUGAUUUCCAUCCUUUCAUCUCGUGAUCUGCUUUGAAUCCAUGACUUUUAUUAUGGCUAUCAUCGUCUGCCAAUUUCCUGUCAGUGUGUUUAAUAAACCAAUAAUUCGCGAUACAAUCGCCGGACAAUAUCGGGCGGUUUUAGUGCACAAUUGAAAUUGAUUCAGAGACKUUCAGAAGCUUGUCUGUUAUCAGUGUUUUAAUCUUUUUGCAGAAGCGUUCUUCGCAGUUUUAUCUAAAAGUAUGUUAAUUAGUUUUUUAGUUUUAAAAUCCUCGCAACCAUUCUCUCUCUUCGUAGAAAAGCAGCGUAGAACUGAAACCCAGUCACAGCACUUGACGUCAUUACAUGUAAAACUGUUACCCAGACAACAGGUGAAAUCUUCAAAUUUAUUGGUUCAAAGUGUGGAAAAUAGGUCAAUAAAAUUUAAUGCAGUGUU